UUGAAUCUAGUAGUUUUGGUUUUAUUUUCAAUUUUUGUACGAAAAAUGACUUGGUGUGCGUUACAUCCUCUGCAACUUGUUCAUAUGCUUUUUCAUUUAAUACAAAACAAAUCCACGUGAAAUCAUUUCUGCGCAAUUUGAGCCGUUUCUCGCAGUUUGACACAAUGAGUUACAACGAUGAACCGCGACCAGAGCGUGAGCGAGCAGUCCAAGUUAUCGAACGAACUCCGGCACAAUUUAUGAAAAAACCGGAAACGAUUGAUAAGGAAUUGAAGUCAAUAACUGCACCCAAACAUAAAGGAAUGAUGGUGAUGGGGUUGAUUUCAAAGUGGCCUAAUUACGAUGUGUGGCCAUUCAGUUAUGGACUUGGAGUCCUCGGUAUUUCCUCUGCUGCCACGGCAGGAUUUCUUAACAAGACUUUUAGGGACGCGUUAUAUCUCGAUUUCCGUUUAAGGUUUUCGUCCUACAUAGGACUCAUGGCUCUGUCGGGGGUAUCUUCGGUUAUUUGGCACCAUAUCGCCGUUAGCAAUCCAAUUGUUCAAGAGUCCAGCAGAUACAGUUGCCCUAUCUGCUUACAAGUCCGAGCAGCAGGGGUCCAGUUGGCUACUGGCUUAGUUUAUCCAAUGAUUUUUGCUCCGGUUGUUAGUUAUGUUGUCGCCUCCUCUUUUAAAGACAGACACCUCCCCAGAAUCUACAAUCGUCCCAAAGAUGUUCUCUCGUACACAACAUCCGUCUACAAGCCGCUUAAAGGGACUUUAGGCGUUCUUGCUGCUGCUCACGUCUUGAUAUCAAUGGGAAUCACGUAUUUCCAACAAAAAGCAUUUUUCAAUUCCGUUCUUCCAGUACUGCAAGGAAAAGAUUCACUUGUAAAGAAACCCACACAUCUACUGUCCGACUAGUAUUAAUGAGAUAUAUUUAUUAGUAAGUAACUUUAAUGUUCUAGUCGGGAAAAGUUUUGAAUGAUCAUGAUUAGUAAAUUUUUAUUUACGACUUA